AUGGCCGACACAACCGAAUCAAAACGCCUCGGUAAACGCCCAGAGACCGACGAUGCGCUUCAACAACAACAGCAACAAGCGACACCAGCAACAGGCGGCGUAAUCCAGAUGGAACAUGUUAACAACCAACCAGCCACCGCCUCCGCAACAACCGCAACAACAGGCUCACCGUCCCAUGCCCAGAACAACAAGGAAGGCGAACCAUCAAUACCCACAGUCACCGGCGCCGUGCCCGUCACAUUGCAAGAUGUCAUGGACGAAACCGACCCAGUUUCCCCCCCAGAAUCCCAACCACAAGCCGUCAACGAUCCCGACUCGAUAUCUCAAGCAUCUCAGUCAGCGUCGGGACCCAGUAGUACCGAAGCCCCAGUCUGCAACAUCACCCUCCUCCUACCCACGGGAGCCCGACACCCAUACAAGAUCGACGAAAAGUAUCUGUCCAAACGGGGUGUCGACAUCCCUGAGACCGUGGCGGGGACGGGCCAGCCGGAUCCGUUCAGCAUCUCCGUGUAUAAGGUCAAGGAGUUGAUACUGAGGGAGUGGAGGGAGGAGUGGGAGGGGAAGCCGGCGAGUCCGACUAGCAUUCGGUUGAUUCACUUUGGGAAGUUGUUGGAUGAUAAAGAGAGUUUGAAGAAAUACAAAUUCUCCCCCGACACCCCCAACGUCGUCCACAUGUCGGUUCGACCAGCCGAGAUGAUGGAAGAAGACGGCGAAGGCGCCAAAGGCGGCAAGACCGCAGGCGGGCGAGAAGGAUCGAGGAGAGAAGGAGGAGGUGGGUGUUGUGUUAUUCUAUGA